UAGUUGUAUUUUCUCUCUCUAAAAUCCCAACCUUUCUUUCUCUCUCUACUUUGUGUCGGUGUCAGAUCUCGGCAUCCCUCCCUCCCUCUCUCUCUCUCUCCCCCUCCCUCAAACCCCACACCAACAGCUAAAGGGUUCCUUAAGAUCCACACAUUCACACUCUCGCAUGCAAAAGGCGUAGAAUUGCGUAUAAAUAACUGCGCAAGACAGGAAAUUUGUAAAUUUUGUGGGGUUCAGGAGGGUUAUUGAUUGUUGGUUUUGUUGGUGUAUGAUUGCUGGUGAGGGAGAAGAAGAGGAGGAGGAGCGUUUAUAUGAAGGAUAUAUUUCUGUGUGUUUUCAGUAGUAAUUCAAGGCAGGACUGUUCCUUCGCCAUCCGAAGCAGGGGUAGAUGGGGGAAAUGUGGCUGAAUUUUGUGUUGAACUUUUCAUGAGAAUCUUGGGAAAGAUAUCUUUCAUUGUUGUACUUUGAUUCUUUGCGUUUGAGGACUGCUGAAAAAAUUCUGUUUUGUGGGGGAUAUUUUGAAUUUCUUUGGAAAUGCAGACGGAUCACCGAAAGAAAAGUUCCACAGAAAUGGAAUUUUUUUCUGAGUAUGGUGAUGCAAGCAGGUAUAAGAUCCAGGAGGUCAUAGGAAAAGGAAGCUAUGGUGUUGUUUGUUCAGCGAUUGACACCCAUACUGGUGAAAAAGUGGCAAUAAAGAAAAUACAUGAUGUUUUUGAACACAUUUCAGACGCUGCUCGAAUUCUUCGAGAAGUAAAGCUUCUCAGACUUCUGCGACACCCGGAUAUUGUUGAAAUCAAACACAUUAUGCUUCCUCCUUCAAGGAGAGAAUUCAAAGAUAUCUUUGUUGUUUUUGAGCUAAUGGAAUCAGAUCUUCAUCAAGUCAUUAAGGCUAAUGAUGAUUUGACACGGGAACAUUAUCAAUUUUUCCUUUACCAAUUGCUUCGAGCCCUUAAAUAUAUUCACACCGCAAAUGUUUAUCAUCGGGAUUUGAAACCAAAAAAUAUUCUGGCAAAUGCAAAUUGUAAACUCAAAAUCUGUGAUUUUGGAUUGGCUAGAGUGGCAUUCAGUGACACACCUACAACAAUAUUUUGGACGGAUUAUGUUGCUACAAGAUGGUACAGGGCUCCAGAAUUGUGCGGCUCAUUUUUCUCAAAGUAUACUCCAGCAAUUGAUAUAUGGAGUAUUGGCUGCAUUUUUGCCGAGGUUUUGACUGGGAAGCCACUUUUUCCUGGAAAGAAUGUUGUUCACCAGCUGGAUAUGAUAACUGAUCUUCUUGGAACUCCAUCAAUGGAUACAAUUUCUCGAGUUCGAAAUGAGAAGGCUAGAAGAUAUCUUACAAGCAUGAGAAAGAAGCAGCCGGUUCCUUUUUCUCAUAAAUUUCCAAAUGCUGAUCCCUUGGCCCUUCGGCUCUUGGAGAGGCUGCUUGCUUUUGAUCCAAAGGACCGUCCUACAGCUGAAGAGGCACUGGCUGAUCCUUACUUUAAGGGAUUGGCCAAAGUUGAGAGAGAACCAUCCUGCCAGCCAAUUUCAAAAAUGGAAUUUGAAUUUGAGAGGCGAAGAGUCACAAAGGAGGAUAUCCGAGAAUUAAUAUUCCGUGAGAUAUUAGAGUACCAUCCUCAGCUGCUGAAGGAUUACAUUAAUGGAAUUGAGAGAACCAACUUCCUAUAUCCAAGUGCUGUAGAUCAAUUCAAAAAGCAGUUUGCUCAUUUGGAAGAAAAUACUGGUAAGAGUGGACCAGUGAUUCCUCUUGAAAGAAAGCACGUUUCCCUUCCUAGGUCUACUACCAUUGUAUAUUCAAAUCCAGUACCUCAAAAAGAUCAGACUGCUAUUUCAAAUGCCAAAGAUCGGCAGAAUCUUGAACAAUCAUGCAGCCGAAACUCAAGAGAUUUCAUUGGGCUUCACAAUAGUUUAGCACGAACCUUGCAACCACCACACAGGAUCCCCCAAGCCAAACCAGGAAAAGUAGUUGGCCCAGUUUUGCCAUCUGAGAACGGAAAUGCAUAUGAUUCUAGAACCCUAGUCAGAAACACUCUCCCCCCCCAGAUCAUUCCCUCGGCUUACUGUUACCAUAGGAGCAGCACAGGAAAGCAAGAGAGAUCAGUAGGUGAUGCCCCGCGAGAGUUCACUUCUCAUACAAAACAAAUACCAAACUGUAGCAUGGCUGCCAAAUUAGCCCCCGAUAUAGCAAUAAAUAUAGAUAGCAACCCAUUUUACAUUACUCGAGCUGCAGUCACAAAACUUGACCAUGUUGAUGAUGGGGUUACCAUCGAUACAAAUCUUCUACAAGCAAAAUCUCAAUAUAGCACUGCAGUAGCAGCCACAAGUAUGGUUGCACAACAAAAGGUAGGUAGCAUCCAGUACGGUAUGGCGAGGAUGUAUUAGUUGCAGGGUUUAAUAUGAGGGAGGAAAUGGACCACUUAUUGCAGAAUUCAACAUAUUGCAACAGUUGGCUGUUUCCAUGGUGGUGGUGUACAGAACAGGAAACAUUAGGGGCGGCGGUUUGACUUGCGGCGGAAUCGUUUUGUGAAUUGUUCUUUUCCCAUGAUAAAUAAUAUGACAAUUUUACAGGGUCACAUUUCUUUCUUGGUGUAUAUGUAAUAUUCAUGUGAAUACACACACCAAUGUUGGAUGUUUUCGGGUAAUAUUUUUAAAUGGACUUUGAAAAAAAUCUCAUUCUUGGAAGUCCAUUUGUACAA